GCCUUCCACCACCAAGCAAAGACGACAAGAGAGAAGUUUUCUCAGGUUCUCUAUCUCUAUCGUCAAACAACGAAAGAAAUCGAAAAACCAUAGAGAAAUGGCUCUUAAGACAUUGCAAGCUCUCAUCUUUCUUGGUGUAUUUGCCACCUCAUGUCUCGCUCAAGCUCCCGCUCCGGCACCCAUCACGCUUCUCCCACCGGUAGAGUCUCCUUCUCCAGUUGUUACACCAGCUGCGCAGCCACCGACUCCGGUUGCUUCACCACCGGUUCCAGUCAACGAACCCACUCCCGUCCCAACAACUCCACCCACCGUCUCACCACCGACCACGUCGCCCACGACUCCCCCUAUGGCUUCUCCCCCGAAACCACAUGGUUUGGCUCCAGGCCCAUCAGGUCCAACACCAGCUCCUGCUCCAGGACCUAACGCACCGGUAGCUGACUCAGCAUUGACUAACAAAGCUUUCCUUGUGAGCACCGUCAUUGCGGGAGCCUUUUACGCCGCCGUUUUGGCUUGAAAAAUGAGCCUUGGGCAUUACUCUAUCUUGUUUUUUUUUUCUUCUCUUAUCAUGAUUUUGUCUGAGAGAUCUCUCUGUGUUUUCCUUAAUACAUUCCUUUCUUCCUCUUUGUUGCUGUUUUCUUCCUUUGGGGUCUUCUUGUAUUCAAACUUGAAAAAUUAUACUUGAAUAAAAUCCGUGGGUAAAAAAAUUGAGAAGUUUCGAAAUCUA